AUGCUAUUAGUGGUGAAGAAUAUGAAAAUCUCUAGCUGUGAAACUGCUAAUGAACUGCGGGAUAAAUUGAAAGUCAAAUAUGAAGGGACAAAUAAAGUAAAAGAAACAAGGAUAAAUCUAUUGGUUCGUGAGUAUAAGCUAUUUCAAAUGAAGGAUGGAGAAUCUGCUGAAGAAAUGUUCUCCAAGUUCAGCAAAAUUCUUGGAGGUUUGAAAUCCUUUGGUAGAACAAUAAAAAGUGGAGAACAAGUCAGAAAAAUUCUUAAAAGUCUACCUAAAAUUUGGCGGCCAAAAGUCAUCGCACUCGAAUGUCAGGAUCUCGAUAAAAUGUCCUAUGAUGAACUCAGAGGUGAUCUAAUCGCUUUUGAGAAGACUCACUUGGACAGACAGAUUCAACAAGAAAAGAAUAAAAUAGUCGCCUUCAAAGCAACUAUGGCUGAACUAGAAGAUGAAGAGCAAAAUGAAGGAGGAGAACAAGAUGAAAACAUAGUCAUGCUUUCUCAAGUCGUAACCAGUAUGAUGAGAAGAAACAUGAAUAGAAAAAGAGGUAAACUAAAUUUCAGAAAAGGAAGGACGAAUAAUGAAAAUGAUGGAAGAUGCUACGAAUGUGGCAAAUAUGGACACAUUCAAGCUAACUGUCCAGAUCUAAAAAAGAAGCUGAGCGGGACUCUUCAAAGAAAGAAGUCUUUUGGAGCCUGGAGUGAUGAAGAAGAAUCUGAUCAUGAAGAAAUUUCAAAUAUGUGCUUCAUGGCCCUAGAAGACGAAAGCAAUGAAGAAUCAGGAGAAUGUGGAUUCUCAGGAAAUAGAAGAAUAAAUGAAAAAGAAGAUUCAGAGCAACUUGGUCUCAUAGUAGAUGAAGGAACUAGUGAGGUACGUCCCCUAAAUUGCCCUAACUAUUAUGAACUUCAAGAAUUCGUUGAUAUUGUUCUUGCAAAUAUUGAAAGAGUUCUAAAUGAACUUAGAAAGAUUCAAAGAGAAAAGAAAGAAUGGUCUCUGAAGCUAGAAGUUUGUGAAAUUGAACGUGAUUUGCUUCAGGAGGAAGUAAAUGAACUCCAACUACAAUUGAAUGGAUUGCAAAAAUCUACUAGUCACAGUUCAAUCAAAUCAAAUCAGACUAUUCGUCACAAAUAG